AUGGGGUGUAAACUUUCUCAAUUGGCUUCGUCAGAGUUCCAUUCAGAUCCUUUCCAUCGUCCACCACCACCAUCAGACCCGAGAUCACCACUCACCACAAAACAGCAGUAUUGUAUGCUCGCAUCAUGGAAAGGGAUUUUUAGACAGAUUGAGAAGACUGGAAUUAUUUUAUUCGUCAAGUUAUUUGAAGAAAACGAAGAGCUGCUUCAUCUAUUUGAGAAAUUCCGUGAGCUUCGAACUAAGGAAGCCAUCGUGAGUUCAGCGGAGCUAGCUGAACAUGCUACCCAGGUGAUGCAUACCUUGGAUGAAGGGAUCAAAGGCCUGGCCGAUAUGGACUCGUUCUUCGCCUACGUGCGCCACGUGGGUGGAACACAUCGACAGGUUCCAGGGUUCAAGGCUGAGAACUUUUUGAAAAUCGAGCAGCCUUUCCUCGAAGCAGCCAAAACGACACUUGGAGACAGAUACACGCCAAACAUUGAGAACAUCUACAAGCUAACCAUAAGGUUCAUCUUAGAGAACUUGGUGAAGGGAUACGAAGAUGGCGGGAAUGAGAAUGAAAUCCAAAAACAAAUGUAA